AUGCACACCAGCUUUGAUGAUGUCCGCCACGACGGUACCGGCGAAAGCUUAGCACAGUCUCAUCGAAGGUUCGCGGGACGAUUUCGGCUGAGACCGCAUCACCAACUUCAUUUCGACCAACAUUCCUUCGAAAUGGAGAGUCGAACCGCAACAUUUGAUCCCGCCGGAAGUGGCGUGAUUACGAGUAGGAAGAGUGGAAAGAGGUUUCUCGAUGUCAUUCGGACAAGUGGAGAAGAAACAAUCUGUCGUCCGGCUCGGAUGGACGGACAAGUGCAGACCCAACGUCUACCUCGAGGCGAGAGGAGUUCUUCCAAUCCUCACAUGCCUCAACUUACCGAACCCUUUGCAUGUCAGAUGCUUUCUACUCGAACCUACAGACGCAAACACACAAGCCUCGUAGUCAAGCGGUCAAGUGAGUGUCGAUGUGUCGUGGAUACGCACCAAACUGCAUUUUCAGCCUCGUCGAAGCUGAGUCCUUGCAACAAUGUCCAAGCAAGAGCACCAAAAAUGCAAUCCCCAGAAGUUGGCAAACAUGAAAUGAGGAAUAGGAUAAAACGGGACAAAGUGUACCUCAAUGACGAGAGGCCUGGCUACAGCCGUCUGCUGUUGGCCCCCUAA